CUCGCUGCAACGAACGUGUUUUUCUGCCUGGUAAUUGAAAAUAAAUUGAAAAUUGGUGACAAGUGAUAAGCAAACUGAUAAGCUUUUCCCCAACUGAUGAUGUCAUCAAGUGAAAACGGCUAAGAACGGGGAAAAUUGUGCAUAAGAAGUGAAAUACUGCCAUAAAGUCCUGUGAUAAAUACCGAAUUAAAUAUAAAUUAAACCUUGAUGUUUUUCUUUUAGCAGUGAAACGAAAAAACGAACUACUAAUUUAGUGCUAAAUCGAAAUCGGAGUGAAAAUGCGCUUCAAACUGUUUUUGCUUUGUGCGCUGGCCUGCGGCUUUAUGGCCUAUGUCCUGGCCAACGAGAACAUAUCGGAGGAGUUCGAGGAUCAGAUAAUAAACGCGGUUCCCGAACCGGUGAAGGUGGAUAAACCCAAGAGUCAGGCGGAGUUCGUGGAGGUGCCCAAGACCACGCCCGCGGUCAAAAAGCUGGAGGAGAAGGAGAAGCCGAAAACCAAGCCCCUGGCGCUGCAGAAACCCACUCUGAUUCCCGUGGUCCAUGUGACCAGUCGGGGAACCGAUGACGUCCUCACCGUCGCCGGACUGAAACCCCAGCAGGCGUUCGGAGCCCUCGUCAUGCCAAACGACUAUUUGGGGGAGCUGUACGACGUGGACAACAGCGGCUACAAUUGGGAUCCCAAUAACAACGUGGCCCCGCCGAGUUCGCCUUCGACGGCAGCCGGAGGCUACACCAUUACGGCCGCCAGGCUGGCGGAGCUCCGGAGCACUUUCAUGUACUGGUACUUCGACAAGGACAUGUACGGAGGACGCGGCGACUACCAGUUCGACAUCCACGCCUCCAUGACGCAGCUCCACAAGAACCUGAACUUCCAGCUGCCGUUCUACGGAUUCCGUUUCAACUACACGAGGCUCUCCCUCAACGGCUACUUGGAGUUCUCCGAUCCCCCGGAGUACCUCACCUACCCCCUGGUUUUCCCGAUCAAGGACUGGCCCGCCAAGAGGGAUCCCUCCUUCAUGGGCAUCUUUUUCAGCAAGUGCCGAGUGGGUCGUAUUUAUCCGUCGGAUAUUGACCAGCGGACGCCCGGCGUUUACUUCCGAGUGGAACGUGAUCUCAUGGGUCGCACGGACCGCUUCGGAGUGGAGGUGCGGGAGCGCACCAUGUGGGACAUCCGGCAGGGCGUCGUGGGCGCCGACACCUUCGUGCCCAAGCACGUGGUGAUCGCCACCUGGAAGAACGUCUCCUUCGCCGGAGGAAUCGACAACUCCCUCUACACGACCAACACCUUCCAAAUGGUCCUGGCUACCGAUGAGGUCUACACCUAUAUCAUCUUCAACUACGCUGUUUUGAACUGGCUCUCGCACACUGAGGCUGGAGGCGAUACGACAAAGGGCGAGGGCGGAGUUCCUGCAUACGUCGGCUUCAAUGCCGGCAACGGCACCCAGGCCUACGAGUACAAGCCCUACAGCCAGAACAUGGUGAUUCGGGACCUGGCCAACAGAGGGUGGGCCAAUGGCUUCCCGGGUCGUCACAUUUUCCGCGUGGACGAGCAGAUUCUAAUUGGCUCCUGCAACAAGGAUAUCGAUGCUGCCCUGCUGCCACUGACCUUCGCCCCCGAGUCGGGCAACAUGCUGGGUGGUCAGGUCGUCAACAUCACUGGCCCCUGCUUCGACCCCAGCAUCAGAGUGACCUGCCACUUCGACACGGAAUCCGUGCUGGGAACCUACGUGGACAGGAACCGAGUGAUCUGCGUGCAGCCCUACUUGAAGGCCGAGGGCUACAUUCGCUUCCAGAUCUCCGUGGGCACCCAGAGGUUCAAGUGGCGCGGCAAGUACUUCGUGGAGACCCCUGCCGCCGCCACCGAGAAGAUCUUCUUCGCCAACGACGACGUGCACAAGAAGAACCCCAGCGAGAUCCGCAUCACCUGGAACCAGUACAACUUGACCUCGAAUGCCAAUGCCAACGUGAUGAUCUCGCUGUGGGGCUACCGGGAGACCAAGAUCGAGCCCCAGCUGGAGUACAUCGACAUCAUCGAGGCCUCGUACUCCAACUCCGGCAGCUACGUGAUCACGCCCUCGAACUACAUCAACCGGAACAACAUUAACCGGGACAUGCAGUUCGGGUUCCUCCAGAUCAACCUCACCCAGCCCGAGCAGUACUCGGGAUUGGCCAUCAGUCCGGUCCUGUGGUCCCGACCGAUUCCAUUGGCCUGGUAUAUGGCGCCGCAGUGGGAGCGACAGCACGGAAAACGCUGGGCGAGAGCUCUCUGCGAUAAUUGGAUUCGCGCCGACCGAUUCCUCAGGAACUUUGCCGCCGACCUGCCCCUGUGCCCCUGCACCCUGGACCAGGCUGUCCUGGACAAGGGACGCUUCCGUCCGGACCGGGAGUGCGACAAGGACUCGAACCCAAGCUGCCUGAGGCACCGCGGAGCCAUCCACUGUGUGGUCAGCGGAACGCCAGUUGCCCAAGGAGCCGAGCAGCAGUGCUGCUACGACCGCUACGGCUUCCUCAUGCUGACCUACGACCAGAUGUGGGGCUCCCGACCCCGCCGCGUCCACAACCUGGGCAAGAUGCCCUGGAACGAGGCCAGCAAGGUGCCCUCGCUGUCCAUGUGGUUCCACGACAUGCGGCCGUUCUACUCCUGCUGCUACUGGCAGGAGGAGCAGGCGGUGGGCUGCGAGACGUACCGCUUUGAGCGUCGUCCCUCGCAGGACUGCGUGGCCUAUCAGGCGCCGGGCAUCGCCGGUGUCUUCGGCGAUCCCCACUUCGUGACCUUCGACGGCACGGCAUACACCUUCAACGGCCUGGGCGAGUUCGUCCUGGCACGCAGCGUGGAUGAGAGCAAUAAGUUCGAGGUGCAAGGACGAUUCGAGCAGCUGCCAAAUAACUUCUACGGCGAGGUGAAGGCCACCCACUUGACGGCGGUGGCGAUGAGGGGCAACACCACCACCACGAUUGAGGUCCGCCUGCGUCCUCUGCACGCCCGGUGGCGCUACCGCCUGGAUGUCCUCGCCGAUGGCCGCAGGGUGUACUUCGAUAGGGAGAGUCUGAAGUUCCAGCACUUUGAUGGUGUAACCGUGUACACCCCGACCUAUCUGCUCAACCAGUCCCAGGUGGUGGUGCAGUUCGACGCGGGCAUCGGAGUUGAGGUGGUGGAGAACGAGGGCUUCAUGACGGGCCGCGUCUUCCUGCCCUGGAAGUUUAUAAACAAAACAGCUGGUCUCUUUGGCAACUGGAGCUUUAAUAAAUUGGACGACUUUAUGCUACCCAAUGGGCAGGUGGCUUCUCUAAAUCUGAAUGAUCUGCGCAGCAUCCACACCAACUUUGGCAUCAAAUGGAUGCUCACGGAUCGCGAGGUUCCUGGAGUGGGAGCUGCGCUAUUUACCCGGGAGUUCGGAAGGAUGUCCAGUUACUAUGCGAAUGCCACCUUCCAGCCAAACUAUGUCCUGGAUCCCGCGGACUUCCUGCCCACCAACCGCACCUACGAUCUGGAGAGAGCUGAAGAACUCUGUGGAGAGUGUAUGCAGUGUCAAUAUGAUUAUGCGAUGACCCUAAAUCGAGAUUUGGCGCACUUCACCAAGAACUACUACGACACCUUAGUCAAUAUGCAGGCUGAGAAUGCAGUACGCGUGGUAUCUUGUGGUGUCUUGCAGACCCCUCGAUUCGGCAGAAAGCUUAGCUUUGAUUUCAUGCCUGGCGCCAAGGUGUCCUUUGAGUGUAACGAGGGCUUUAUCCUGAUUGGAGAUCAACGUCGAGAGUGUUUGUCCAACGGUCUCUGGAACAUUCCCGAAUACGGAUACACCGAGUGUCUACGUGAGGUGUACUACACGCGUCGCGUCGCUUUCAUAGCAAUUGGCAUUAUCUUCCUGGUGAUCUGCCCACUGAUGCUGUGCAUCGUGUGCGGCGUGUAUCGCUACCGCCAGAAGCAGCUGAAGGAGGAUCCGCAGUGGCAGAUGCCCAUGCUGCCCCGCUCGAGGGCUAGUUCCGCUCGCAAUCUGAGAACGCUGAACUACGACGACGACAGCGAUACGGACGCCAGCACACUGAAGAAAAGUAGGUCCUACGACAAAGUAUAUCGCACGAACGAACCAUUACCUGGCAAACCGCAAAUUGAUUUUCCAGCUAAGAAAUGGGAUCUCGAUGAGAACGACGAGGAUGUGACCUCGUCCGAAGGUAGUCAAAAUAGAAACAGCUCAAAGUUAGCCAGGGACAUUUCCUACAUUAAUCCGAACGUGCCCACAGGUGAGAAGCCGAAGCAGCUGGGUCGCCGGUCCCUGCACUCCGCCUCCGGAACGGAUUUGGAUCAGCACGGCUCGCCGGUGGACGAGGAUCGUCACCCGGACGAGGACGACGACUUCGAUGAGGCGGAUGUCCACACGGGCACCACCCACCCGGCGGGCUAUCACCAGCCCCUGUCGCCGGAGGAGGCGGACCAGCUGCACCGCCAGCAGUACAGUCCCACCUUCAGUGGCCUGGACAGCCGCACCAGUGGUGCCAGCUCCAUAAACUACACCCCCCAGGCGGCGACACAGAACCGCUUCGGAGGUGUGCCAGUGCUGCCCAGCAACACCCAGUACUACAGCAGGCCCCCGUCGAGCGUGAACGCCGUGCCCCUGCGCACAGCUCCUGCGCCGCUGACGCAGGACACUGGCCUGCCGUUGCCCCCACUGGCCACCUCGCCCACCCCCUCGGUGCAAAAGUCCACGGAGGUCUGAGGAUCCGAACUCAUCCCGGUCCCCACUAGCUGCAAAGUUCAAAUAGGAGCCACCCCCAAUUAAUAACUAAUUUUAAGUACCUGUUAUGCCGCCAACUUUGAACCACCCACCUGCCCGCGACGCUUCCAUUUCUAUUGUUCUACUGCUGUUUUCCCGAGGCCAUGACCACAUCCAACAGUAACACCUACCAUGUAACAAUUAUUUAAUAGUCCAAUCCGAAAACCGAAUCCUUGUACAUUAAGCUUAAUUCUAAUGGCAAUUCAUUUGUAUUUCGUCGGCCCAGGUAAACAAUCAUCAUUUUAUACAUUGAAUAAACCAAAACACUUGUUUAUAGUAGUUUACUUGUAAA